UGCGCCCUGGGAGAAGACACGCGUUCAUAAUGUAAAACUGCAGUCUGUAGUAGGCUAUGGCAAGUGGACUACCCGAACUCAACGCAGCGUGACAUUGUUUGUUGUUGAAAGGAAGAAUAGAACGAUGACGGGGUGUGAUGUUUUCUCAGACUUCAUUGCAACGUAGAAAUAAAAGUAAAUUCCCACUUUUUCGAAAGGAAAUGGGCUUGGAGGACAAGGAACUAACGUAAGCGCAAUCUGGGGUUGAUUCCGAGAUGGUAUGUGCGCGCUCCGCGCUGGAGGGACAUUAGUGUCAGUUUUAACGGAAUAGAAGACUCUCUUCUUCGGGUCUAUACUCUAAACUCUAUUGACACUGGCUGCAAGGCAGUAAUGUCAAGAGACAGUAUGACGGCUGUACAAGGUGCCCAUGCACAUAAUGGGAGUUCUGCUGGAUCCAAGGAUAAUGGACAAAAUGCCCAGAACCCUGCUGACAUCGAACCCCAUACAAACGUAGUGCAAUCCGCAGACAUCAAUGAUGGUACGUCUGGGUCUUCCGCGCGUGACCUAACCCAGACAUGGAUUCAGUUUAUAAAAACAUUUGUGUUCAUUUUCCCCAUUUAUGUUUUGGGAUAUUUUGAAUUCAGUUUCAGUUGGCUUCUAAUAGGACUUGUAAUAAUAUGCUGGUGGCGGAGAAACACGGGAGGAAAGACAACAAGACUUUACAGAGCUUUGGCAUUUUUUGAAGAAGAGGAAAGAAGUGUGAAACAAAGUCUGUCAACUUCUGAUUUACCAUCAUGGGUCAACUUCCCAGAUGUUGAAAGAGUUGAGUGGCUAAACAAGACUGUGAGACAGAUGUGGCCGUACAUUUGCCAGUUCAUAGAGAAGCUGUUCCGCGAGACGAUCGAGCCAGCCGUGAAGGGAGCCAAUUCCCACCUCAGCACCUUCUGCUUCAGCAAGAUCGACAUGGGCGACAAGCCUUUGAGGAUCAACGGGGUCAAGGUUUACACGGAGAACGUGGACAAGCGUCAGAUCGUCAUGGACCUACAGAUCAGUUUUGUUGGAAACACUGAAAUUGAUGUGGAUGUCAAACGAUACUACUGCAAAGCCGGUAUUAAAAGCAUACAGCUCCAUGGAGUGUUGAGGGUAGUCAUGGAGCCGUUGCUAGGUGACAUGCCACUGGUCGGAGCCCUGUCCCUGUUCUUCCUGAAGAAACCUCUUCUGGACAUCAACUGGACAGGCCUCACCAAUAUAUUAGACAUUCCUGGACUCAAUGGCUUCUCUGACAGUCUGAUCCAGGAUAUUAUCUACAGCUACCUAGUGUUACCCAACCGAAUCACUAUCCCACUGGUGGGGGAUGUCGAACUGGCUCAGCUACGCUUCCCUAUGCCAAAGGGAGUCCUGAGAAUUCACUUCCUUGAGGCUCAGGACCUGGAGGGGAAGGAUAAAUUUCUGGGGGGGCUGAUCAAGGGGAAGUCCGACCCGUACGGUGUCCUCCAAAUUGGCAACCAGCUCUUCCAGAGCAAGACCAUCAAAGAGAGCCUGCACCCGAAAUGGAACGAAGUCUACGAGGCUCUGGUGCAUGAACACUCUGGCCAGCACCUGGAGAUUGAGUUGUUUGAUGAGGACCCAGACAAGGAUGACUUCCUGGGGAGCCUGAUGAUCGAUAUGACUGAGCUUCACAAAGAGCAGAAGGUCGAUGAGUGGUUUGACCUGGAAGAAGUGUCCACGGGGAAACUACACUUGAAACUGGAGUGGCUCUCUCUCCUCCCCAUCCCAGAAAAGAUGGACCAGGUGUUGAGGAGUGUACGAGCUGACAGGAAUCUGGGCAAUGAUGGACUCUCAUCUGCGUUGCUGAUGGUGUACUUGGACUCAGCGAAGAACCUUCCAAGCGUCUUCACAGGGAGCUUUGGGUGCGGGAACGUAAACGAGAGGAGGGCAUCUGGCCUAGUCUUUUGUGAGAACAGUACGCCAGUGUAUAGAACCUUAUUUUCAGGCAAGAAAACAAGCUGUGAGCCGAGUCCUUUCGUUCAUUUGACAGUUGGGAACAAAUCAUUUGAGAGUAAGUUAUUCCAUUCAGAUUCAUUCUAUACGGGUUACCUUCAGAUCCGCCACAAGGCCAAUGAGCCUAUUUGGGAGGAAGCUUUCUCAUUCCUUGUCCAUAACCCCAGGAGGCAGGAGCUGGAAGUGGAGGUGAAGGACAACAAGCACAAGUGCACCUUGGGUAAUCUCACAGUCCCCCUGAGUGGCCUGCUGGCAGAGGAAGACAUGACGUUGACUCAGCAGUUCCCCCUGAAGAACUCUGGACCCAGUUCCUCAAUCAAACUGAAGCUAGCCCUCAGGGUUCUGUGUCCAGAGAAGCAGACGAGUAUUUCGGACCAGCCGUCCUCCGUCCAGGUGAGGAAGGCCAGUGUGGCGAAACCAGCCGUCCCCUCCCAUGGAUCGUCCAUGUCAGAGGCGCCCCUCGCCCCAGCCCCCGGCACCCCCCCGCCGCCGCUGCCCGCGGACACCACCACUGCCCCGGGCGUCCCCACCCACCAGCGCGAGGAGGAACGGCGCGGAGCUAGCCCGGUCAGGAGCACCCCCAACCUGAGCACAACCAUUUCCAGCUCCCAGAAGUACCUGUCCCACAAAGAUUCCAUGGCCAGCCUGGCGUCGGACGUCUCUCUGCCUUUCGCCACCAUGGAGCUCCAGCAGAGGCUCCGGCAGCUGCAGAAUGGUUCUGCUUCCAGUCCAUACCCCCUGGGGGAGAUCCAGCUGACCGUUCGCCACAGCUCCCAGAGGAACAAGCUGAUCGUGGUGGUGCACGCGUGUCGAAACCUCAUUGCGUUCACCAAGGAUGGAUCGGACCCGUUCAUUCGGAUUUACCUGCUUCCUGACAAAAGCCGCACAGGCCGGAGGAAGACCAGCGCCGUCAAGAAAAGCCUGAACCCAGUGUAUGACCAAACGUUUGAGUUCAGUGUGUCCGUGGUGGAGCUGCACAGGAGGAGCCUGGACAUUGCCGUGAAGAACGGAGGGAGCAUACUAUCCAAACACAGAGGCCUCCUUGGGAAGGUGACGGUGGAUUUGAGUGGUGAGGAUAUAUCCAAGGGCUGGACACAAUGGUAUGAUCUCACUGAAGAUGGCAAACGCAAAAUGAUGCAGGCAUAGACAUGUUGAGUAGGACACCAGAAGACAUCAUCAUAAAAACAUCCUACUUUUUCAACCACAAUGACUUGAAAUUGAAAAAAAAAUAAAAGUAAUGUUGGUUUGACAAAAACUUAAUUUGUAUUGUUAAUUGACAUUCAUCAAAACACAUCUUCUGCUUUCAGUUCACUUCAUCACCUAUGAAAGGGCACAUCAUUUUCAUUCUUUUUUCCUUAAUUUGUGUGUUUAUCAUGUCAAUGCAUGUAGAGAUACCACUUGGAAGUUUACAGUGACCUGCAGUUUUCAACAGUGUUAAUGUUUUACAAAAUGAAGAAAUAGCCCUGUUAAAAGCUAAAGGUUUAUCAAAAAAUGUUGGUUAAUUUGUCACAUGUACUGCCUUGUUUUCUAAGUUGUUGAUAUCUUUACCUACUGGGCUAAAAAGUAAAAAGAAAAUCAUAUUUGCAGGGUUUCAUUGUUUUUUGUUUCUGUACAAUGGAAGAACGUUAUGUUAAAAUCCUAUAUAUUUUUCUUUGACAUUGAAUGGACUCUAUUGAUAGUAUGUAUACACUAGAGGGACUAAUACGGCUACUGUAGUAGUUACAAGCACAAUGGGGAUGAUCAGUAAAUUUUUUAAAUAUAUUUUGGUCAUAGGGUGUACUUUGAUUUUUGUUUACAUCCCUGUGUUUUCCUCAUGCUUACUGUUAUCAAUUACGAGUACAGUGAUCAAAUGUUAUACUACUGUAUGUGCAUCUAGAAAGAUGUGAUCAGAAAUUCUGGUAUAUCUGAAGGGAUUCGGUGCAAUAUAGAAUUAUGUUCAGAUGGGUUAUAGGCCUACUGUAUGACGGGCAGUGAUCUUAUGCUUAGUGAACAGGAAGUGUAUCUAAACAGAUAAGAGUUUGAUUAUUGUAAAAAAUCUAUUGCAAAUGAAUAGAUGUUAAUGCCAGUGGUCACGCACCAGACGUUAUUUCUUUUGCAACUUGUGAAGGAUUGUUUUUAUUUGUCGAGUGAUGACAGAAUGUGCUAGGCAACUCCUGAACCCAAAAGCAAUGCAAAUAUUUUCCAUAUUUUCUAUUACAAACAUCUAAAAUAUGUCAGUUAAUCUCUCCUGUGCCUUAUCAACAUUACACUCCUUCACAUUAAAAAUGUACAAGUCAGGAAUAAGUAUAUUUCUGAUUUGCUUUGAAUAAUAAAUAAUGAUUAAGUGUU